AGGACCUCCGAAAUUCCGAAGCACGUUGUCAUCAUGUUUGUCUGCCGAUUCUUACCUAUAUUUGGCACUUGUUAAAGUGGUUCUUUUGCACGUUUAGACAAUUAUUAUUACACAAUAGGUAAUCGCAUCAUAUAUUCUGAGAGAGCAGUUUGGAAUCAACACAAUUUUUCAGCUACCACAAGUAAAGGGUGAAUGAACAUCAACAUUUCUUUUCCCGCCGGCUUCUCACACUUAGCAUUUUUUACUACAAUAGAAUUAAAAUGACAUCAUCAUUCGAUGUUCCUGUUAUUGAUGUACACAAUGGCAAUUUCAAAGAACUUUGGCCGGCAAUGGUUGUGGCUCUGAAAACAUCUUCCUUCGUUGCUGUUGAUACGGAGCUCAGUGGCCUCGGAAAUAGAGCGUCAUUGCUUGCAGCGUCAAUAGAAGACAGGUAUAAAGCCAUUUGUCAUGCAGCUCGCUCUCGUUCAAUCCUCUCAUUGGGAAUUGCCUGCUUCAAGAAGUUGAGCAACAAGGCAGCCGAUACAUACCUUGUUCAGGUGUAUAACCUCACCUUACUAUGUUCAGAGGAGUACAUCAUCGAGCCUCAAUCAGUGCAGUUCCUUGUCCAACAUGGAUUUGACUUCAACAAGCAGUAUGCAGAAGGGAUCCCAUAUCACAAGGGCAAUAAUAAGGGUGGGUCAGACAACCAGGGUGUUCAUAUUCGAGCUUUAUUUACCGAGUUACUUCGUGCAAAAAAACCUCUGGUGCUCCACAAUGGCCUCAUUGACAUUGCUUUCCUCUACCAGAAUUUCUAUGCACAUCUACCAGAUCAUUUAGCCACCUUCACAGCCGACCUUUCAGAGAUGUUUCCUGCAGGCCUCUUUGACACUAAAUAUGUCACAGAAUUCGACCUUCGCUUCAGUGCCUCAUAUCUAGAAUAUGCUUAUAAAAAAUGUAAACUAGAUAACAGUCGAAAUGAGUCUUCUGUUGAGAAUGGUCGUCGUGUCUACCUGGAAUUCUGUCAGUAUGCUGGUGCCAUGUCCAGCUAUGUGGACUACAGAUCCUGUCCAACUGGAGCUCCUCAUUCAGUGCAGGCAGACAUCUGCCAGUCUUUCUCGGCGUUUGGUUGGUGUUCAAAAGGCACAAAGUGCCCUUUCUCUCAUGACACUGACCUUAUCAUUCUCCAAGAUGAUAAAUCCAAGGAUGACAAGAGAAAAAAGAGGAAGCGUCAAAAGAAGAAAAAGAGAGAAGGAGAGUUAGAUGAUGACUCAUCAGUUUCGGAAGGUGCUCCUCAAAAUAAAAUACCUCACCUGGAAAUGAAUCCAGAUGAGAGCCAUCAAGUGGUGACUGAAGGGUGUCUGGAAAGUGCAGAUUUGGAAGACGGUAAUACAAACACAGAACUGCAUGAAGGAGAAAAUCUGAAAAGAGAUAGCAACGAUGACAGAAUAUGCGAGGAUAAGUUACAGUCCACAAACACAGAGAUGACCACCGGAACAAGUGAAAACAAGGCGGAGUCGGGCACACAUCGUGCCGGAUUCGAUGCCUUCAUGACAGGGUACAUAUUUGCCUACUCAUGCACCCUGGUAAAAAAGGAAGAAGAGGAUGCAAGUGAAGAGAAACUGAUAUGGCCACUGACCUCCUUCAAUAAGGUCUACCUCAGUGGAAAGACAACACCACUCAACAUUGUCAAGAGCACUUUCUCCAAGUCGUCUAAAGCACAUGUGCAAAAAAUGGAAAUGGUUUGGGGGGGAAAGCAGUAAAUAAUUGUUAAAUACGUUUUUCAAGACUGCAAUUAAAAUAGUUUUGUGAAAUAAUUUCUAACUAUACCAUUUUUUAAUUUUUUAAAAAUAAAAAUUCCUUUUAUUGCAUGAACAACCUGCUGAAAAUAAAGAUAUUUAGCUUUUUUUACUAUAAUGAAAAACAUUUUGUGAAAAUUAUUUCUGUAAGUAUUGACAACCCAAUCCCGAGAGCUAUAUGCACCUAAGUGUUAGAAACUUAAAAAAAAUGUUAAACUUUUUGUAACGGUCACCUUUGCUGUUCCUAACGACAUCCAUCACACAGUGGCACCUCUUUAUUUAUAUUAAAUAGUUUUCCUCUUUUAUUACUACUCACAUUUUUGUUGGAGUUCAUGGUGAGCGCUUGUGCGCGUACCGUUGUGCUCCCGAGUGACGAGUGGUUGAGCUGGAUCUGAUUAUUUUUUUUGUACAAUAAAAGUGCAUAAGUGGACCUCUGCUCCUUUUUAUUUUUUAUGCACCCACCCUGCUUGCCACGAGUUACAUUUUACAGUAACCUAAAGCCUCGAUUGGUUAUGAAAUGUAAACUGACUUAGGCGUCACAAUAUAUGGCGGAAAACAAUUAGGUGACUUGAAGUUCUGCUCUGAGAAACCCAAUUUAGCCAACUUUCAAAAUUGUCCGAUAUGCAUGUGUAAUAUACAUCAUUGGAAAGCUUAAAAUCUCAAUUUUCUGGGGGAAGAAAAAUUUUGAAAAGGAGGGCAUUAAAAAAAAAAAAGUUUCUUAAACAGCGAAACCCUAUCUGGAGGUGAGAGCACGUGAGCGCAGAAUUACAGACGCCAUGACUUUAACGAGAUAUUAUCGCGCACUUACCUUGUUUCAAUCCAAAAACUCCAUGUAGCAUGUAUCACUGAGUGUCAAGACAGCUGUGAAUGGCCACAGCUGGAUUGUUUGGGGAUUUUAUGGGUAAAACAUGGUAAUAUAACAAGGGUUGUGAUGCAGAAAUCGCAGACAUCAAGGAGUGGUCCAGAUGUUCUUUUUCAUAUAUGUAUCCUUUUAAACGUUUUUUUCUCUGUUUUUCUUCGUUUGGAUUGAUUAUCAUCUAACAUAUCGGAGAAACUGCGACAAUAACAAAAAAAAAAAAUAUAUAUAUAUAUAUAUAUACAAUUAAGCGAUAAUAAUGAGGUAGAUAUUCGUGACUUACACUUUUUUUCAAUGUGACAUAAUUUGUUUAAAAGUUUAAAAUAUGUGACAAUAAUUUUUUUAAUUUUUUUUUUUUUUUUUUUAAACGAAAUAUGAGACGUCGAUUAAUGAUUCUAAGCUAAAAACGACAGACAUUUUGAAUAAUAAAUAUAAUUAAUUACCUUCGUUUUAUUUCUGGGUUGAGACAAAAGCGGUUGCCCGACGUCUGUAAACAGGGAUUUUCAGGGUAAAACGAACAAAUAGUUCGGGGGCUUAAUGCGCCAUGAAUCUGCUAUGGCAGCAUAUAGACAAAUUGAUCUAUCAAACACAACAGUUGUUUUGGCUUAAAAUACAGCAGUUUCUUUUAAAGAGGAGUGCAAGAGCUAUAAUUUGGUCCAGGGUAUGGACUGUCCCCAACAUGUUCCUGUUGACUAAUAAAGUCAAAGAAGUCUCUUUCAAAAUUAUUCAGAUAUUAUCCUGCAAAUCACUACAUGAAAAAAUUCAAGAGGGACAUUGACACGAACUGUUCGUUCUGUGGAGAUCAUCCAGAGACAGUUCAGCACCUUUUUUGGACUUGUUCUUUUUCAAACAAAUUUUGGAAAGAUUUUUGUAAGUUUGUUGACAGGAAUCUACAUGUGGACUUCAAGCUAAAAUGAGAAACUGUCAUUUUUUGUUUUUAUAAAAAGAUCAGGAAUGAAGAUAUUUUUAUUGUUAAUCUACUUUUGUUGUCAAAAUUGUACAUCCAGUUCAGCAAGCUGUUACCAUCUUUUUCUCACUUCCACAAUGAAACGGUAUGCUACAUAAAUCUGUUGAAAAAAAAUCAAAGAAUAGGAAAGCGGAGAAAAUAAUUGAUAUUUGUGAACAGCUACGACUUUUUUGUGAAUAGUUGAUUAUAGUAUUAUUCAUUUUUUUUUCUCUGAUAUGCAAUGUUUGGUAUGUUUAUACCCCCUGGAAUAUUUGUGUUUGUGUUCUUUAGUUUUUUGGUUUGU